ACGGUCUUCCUGUAGUACAACGAUUCCUGUGGACUGAUUCGGCGACGGUACUAGCUUGGCUUCACUCUGAACAACGUCGCUAUCAUCAGUAUGUGGGGUUCCGGAUUGGAGAAAUACUUUCGAGCACGGAAGUUGGAGAGUGGAGAUGGAUUCCAUCGAAACUGAAUGUGGCGGAUGUUGCCACUAAAUGGGGCUCCGGACCACAAAUUGAUCCGGCCAACCCAUGGUUCGUCGGACCGGAGUUCCUUCAACAGCCAGAAGAAAACUGGCCCCAAAGAAGUAAACCUAUUCUGACUACAGAAGAAGAACUCCGUUCGUGCCAUGUGCAUCUUCCUGCAGCGAAUGAACUCGUGGACGUCGAUCGUUUCAGCAGAUGGGAACGACUUCUUCGAUCUACGGCAUACGUUCACCGAUUCGUUAAGAACAUUCAACGGUCUCAACGAGGCGAGACCUUGGAGCGUGGUGCAUUGAAACAAAGGGAGUUGAAGACCGCGGAAGAAUUUUUAUGGAAACAGGCGCAACGAGGGUUCUACGGUACAGAAAUUCAAUUGCUGCAGAAGACCAGUGGAAGACCAGAGGAUUUCCAUGUAGGCGUUCCUAAAUCAAGCAGCAUACAUAAACUGUGGCCGUUCAUGGACCAGAACGGAAUAUUACGUAAACGAAGUCGUCUUGGUGCAGCUUCUUGGAUACCGGAUGAAGCUAAGUACCCUACCAUUCUACCUCGGGAUCAUCGAAUCAGUCUCCUCAUUACGGAUUGGUUUCACCGCUGCUUCCGACAUGCCAACCGUGAGACUAUUGUUAAUGAAAUGAGACAAAAAUUUGAGAUUCCGAAGCUACGUUCGCUUAUCGCAAAAGUGUCCCGUGGAUGUAUGGAGUGUCGUAUCCGCAGUGCCGUUCCUCGUUCCCCACCAAUGGCACCCUUGCCUGAAGCACGGGUAACACCCUUUGUACGCCCUUUUACCUUCGUGGGCAUAGACUACUUCGGGCCAGUAUUGGUGAGAGUAGGACGAAACAAUUGCAAGCGGUGGAUAGCACUAUUCACCUGCUUAACCAUCCGAGCCGUGCACUUGGAAGUGGUGCAUAACUUGACAACUGAGUCGUGCGUAAUGGCAAUUCGUCGGUUUGUCUCUAGAAGGGGUUCUCCGGCGGAGAUAUAUUCGGAUAACGGGACGAAUUUUCACGGAGCCGACAAUCAACUUAAGCGCGAGAUAGAGGAGCGAAAUCAUCAUAUGGCGACCGUAUUCACCAAUUCCAAAACACGUUGGAUGUUCAACCCUCCCGGGGCCCCACAUAUGGGAGGAGUGUGGGAACGGAUGGUCCGUUCCGUUAAGGUUGCGGUCGGAACUAUUCUUGAGACUCAACGUCGGCCAGAUGACGAAGUUCUAGAAACGGUGAUAAUCGAGACAGAAGCCAUGAUCAACUGCCGUCCGCUGACAUACAUUCCGCUUGAGUCUGCUGAACAAGAGGCUUUAACCCCUAAUCACUUUCUGCUCGGCAGUUCAAGCGGGGUAAAGCAGUUGCCAGUCGAAUCUGUGAACUUCCGUUCGACAUUGAGGAGUGGAUGGAAGCUGGCCCAGCUUUUGGCGGACGGUAUAUGGAGACGAUGGUUGAAGGAGUAUCUUCCGGUCAUAUCCCGGCGCUCAAAAUGGUUCGACGAGGUGAGGGAUCUAAAAGUUGGAGAUUUGGUUCUAGUCGUGGACGAAACCAUAAGGAGUCAGUGGCUGCGAGGAAAGGUGGAACGUGUAGUCUGCGGCAGAGACGGACGUGUACGUCAAGCGUGGGUGCAGACUGUUAAAGGAGUAUUUCGUAGGCCGGUGGUAAAACUUGCGUUACUCGACGUCAUUGAGGAACGUAAAUCUGACCAGGAGAGCGCUUUACGGGCGGGGGGAUGUGACGACGAGUACCCCCCGGCGAAUACAUGUAACAAAGCACCACAGGGGUCGCAUGGAACGUACUGUGCAAGGGAUGCUUCAACUUUGACAGUGACUGCAGAUGUGGUGGUAGACGUCAGGGAUGAUGAUAAGCAGGAUUAAGUUGAUAUUGAAUUAGCGAAGUGAAUUCUAGAUUGUGCAUAUAGAAAACACCAAAUAUUCGGAAGAAUUUCUUUAUUUCCCGUAUUAUAAUUUAGCUACUGGUGAAGGUAAACAGUUAUAUAUAAAUAUCCGUGAAAUACUUUGUAUUUAAACCUAUUUUGUAUACUUAGAUCUAAAGCCUACUAUUAGAACGGAUUGAAAACUAGCCUAAAGGAAAACAGGAAGAAAAACUGAAAAAUUCUAAAGCUGUUCCCAACCCAAAAACCAGCUGCGGAGUUGCUUUUAGAAUCAGUUUAAUA